AUGUUCACUAGAGAAAUUUACGAUUACGAACAGUUAUAUAGUCUUGAUGUUCUUGGAGUUGAAGACCGUGGUGAAAAUGAUCAAAUGCAAGUGCUUGCUGAGUUUCGAGAGAACAUAACCAGACAAGAAGAUGGCAGAUACCAAGUUAGCAUACCAUGGAUUCCAGGGAGUAAGUUGACAACUACAAACGAACAGCCAAGCAGAAGACGACUGUUCAACGUGAACAAAAAAGUUAGUGAAAGACGAAAACCUGAAGCAAGAAUAUGAGAAGAUUAUCGAUGAUCAACUAGCAAGCGGUGUGAUUGAGAAAGCCCCAGACGAGCCGUCAGGAGAGCGAGUGUACUACAUGCCACAUAAGCCAGUCGUAAGGCAAGAUGCAGCGACAACGAAAGUGAGAAUGGUCUUUGAUGCGAGCUCCAAACCCCAUCCACUAGCAUCCAGUAUUAACAAUUGUAUGUUUACUGGGCCUCCCCUCCAACCGUUAUUGUGGGAUAUUAUGGUGAGAGCAAGAAUGUCGUCAAAUCUGCUUCUUGCAGACAUUCAAAAAGGCUUUUUACAGAUAGCAAUCAAAGAAGAAGACAGAGAUGCCUUCAGAUUUCUCUUCGAGCGUGACGAAAAAGAGGAACAUUUUCGGUUCGCCAGAGUUCCAUUCGGGGUUGAAGCCAGCCCAUUCUUACUCGGUGCUACAUUAGAAUACCACUACGACCAGCAAUCACCAGAAUUAGAGGAAACAGUGACUGCCCUUAGAGAAAAUACGUAUGUGGACAAUAUCAUGCAAACGGGAAAUAACAUUGAUAAGUUGGAGAAGUUUAUGAAGGAAAGUGAAGUUAUUCUUGAGA